UAUGAAUGACGGCCGACGCGGCUGUUUCCAAGACACUGUGCCUGUUGUUGCUCUCCCGGCCUUUCUGGCAGCCAGUGGUCCGUGGGAGAAGACUCGCAGAAGCUGCCUCGGAAACCUGGCUCGCGCGGGGUGGGUAGGCGCAGGAGGCUUGUGUCGCUGACACGCUCACGCACCCUCCCUGCCUGGCCGCGCCUCUGCGACCAGGUGACCCAAUGAAAGAAGAAAAUGAAAGGCAUUAAGAAAAGUCUUACAGAAGAAUACCUAUACUUGGACUUUUCUCACCAAAUAGAAGGAUGCAUCUUUCCUCUUCAUACAUCUGUAACUUUGUUUUUGUUGUCAUACUGUGACUGCAAAAUCUUUAAAGUUUGCUUAGUCCUCACUCGAGCAAGUACAGAUAUUUCAUUAAAAAAUGUAGUGCUCCAGGAUGUUGAACUACAAAUUAUUUCAAGACAAGAGCUUCCACCAAUAGUCCAGAAUUGCUGUUUACCUGCAGUAGUGGAAAAACCAGACAAUUUCUGUAGAGCAGGACUUGCUGUCGUACUGAGACACAUAAUCCAGAAAUCAUACGAAGCUGACCCUUCCAAGAAGGAAAUUUUGGAACUUUUGGGUUUUAAGAAGACUUGCUUGAAAGCCUGUGCUGAAGUUAGUCAGUGGACCAGGCUAUGCGAACUCACCAUCCCUUUAGCUAUUGAGAAUUUUCUCAAAGAAGCUUCUGACCAGCACCCAGCUAUCCCCGCGGAAAUACUACAGUUAGAGAAAAAGCUUAGGGAGCCCGUUAGAGUGCAUAAUGAUGACAAACUCCGUCGGCAGAAGCUGAAGCAACAGAAGGCUGCUGGGGUUGGGCCUUCCCUUGCUAAGGAAAAACCAAAGAGCAAGAUGCAUAGACAAGAAAUGUCUGAAGAGUUGGACUCUUCAUCCGAGAGCCUGGAACUGAAGGUGGCAUUCUCAAAGCUCACAGUCUGUGAAGAACCAGCUACCACCAACAGGGAGCCUUCUCAUAUCAGAAAAGCAAAAGCCUCUGACCUUCCGCCUCUGGAGCAUGUGUUUGCAGAGGGCUUGUACUUCACUUUGGCAGAUAUCGUGCUCUUGCCCUGUAUCCAUCAUUUUUUGGUAAUUAUCUGCAAGAAACUUUCUGAAAAGCUGAUGGAAUUUCCACUGCUGGCUGCUUGGUACCAGAGGAUUCAGGAAGUGCCAAGAGUAAAAACAGCAGCUUCUCAGUGUGGGAUCCAGUUUCUCCAUUUACCAGAGUUGCUGACCACCUCAAAUGAACAAGAUUCAAACUUAAGUGAGAUUCCAGGUGUAGAGGAGCAAAAUGAUGCUUCAUUUAUAGGAGGACCAAGACCCACUAUGACCAAGUUAAUGGAAAAAGGCAUUGAAGUGAUGUUUUCUCCCCACCCUUGCCCUACUUGGACUCUUGAUUGGAAUAGUCUUCCUGCAGCAGUGAGCCCAAAGGAAGGUAAAAUGUCCAGUGAUCGAGCUUUGAGGAAGCAGCAGCAGUUAAACAACCUUGUUUAUGUCGUGGCAAAUCAGGCCAAACCUGGUGACAGAAUUGUGGAUUUCUGCAGCGGUGGGGGCCAUGUUGGAAUUGUCCUUGCUCACAUGCUGCCAUCGUGCCAGGUUACAUUAAUAGAAAACAAGGAAUUAUCAUUAAUUCGUGCUAAGAAGAGAAGUGAUGAACUAGGUUUAAGCAACAUUUGGUUCAUUCAAGCAAAUAUGGAGUAUUUUACAGGGAUGUUUAAUAUUGGGGUGGCACUGCAUGCUUGUGGAGUGGCAACAGACAUGGUGAUUGAGCACUGCAUCAAAACACGGGCUUCCUUUGUCACGUGCCCUUGCUGUUAUGGUUUCAUUCAGAACACCUCAAAGUUUAAUUUUCCCAAAAGUGAACAAUUCAAGAAAACUUUAUCAUACAAGGAACACAUGAUUCUGUGUAGGUUUGCGGAUCAGACAGCUGUCCAGCUUCCACCCCAGCGAAGACUUGUGGGAAAACAGUGCAUGUGCCUAGUGGAUCUGGAUCGAGCAAGAGCUGCAGAAGAACGUGGUUACUCCGUUCAAGUAAUAUCCAUGGAGCCAGAGAGCUGCUCUCCCAAAAAUAACAUGAUCGUGGGAGUCCCCAUUUAGAAGGAGAUAUUCACAUUCAUGUUUGGCCAUCCGUCUUCAUGAUGAAAACCCAGUGGCAUUUAGGAGGUUCUUGGCAUAACUAGAAAACAGCAUUAGCCAUAUUGAACUUAUUGUGCUCAGGAAGGAAAGCAGCAGGAAAAUCACGGAAGAAAGGCUGCCUGCAAAGCAUCACAAAUGCUCUUGUAAUGUAUGAUUAAAGGACCGCUGGUUUUCAUAGUGAGAAUCCCCUGAAGUCUCAGCUGCCAACAGAAUAAUACUCACCAGUGGAAGUUCCAUCACUGGAAUAACAAUUUCCUUCUCACUUCACAGCUUUUCUCAUCUUGCCAAUUUGAUGUUCAGUUCAAAACAGUGAAUUGAAGCCUUUGUAAUCAUUGCAGCCUUUAUAAUCAUUUAGAUAUUCAAAUGGAGACCAAAACUAGACUCAGUGGGAUUUGUUGGUUGGUUGGUUGUAUUUUAAACAAUUGUACUUUUUCUAUAAUUUUUUAAAAUAUCCAGUCAGGCAACUACAGUAUGGUUAAAUUUUUAAGCCAGGAUGAGUUGGACUUGUAUUUCAUUUCAUAUACUUCUUUAAAUAUGUUUCCCAUAAAUUACCAACUGAGAUCAUCACUGGUUCAGACAUUUUAUAUGAAGACAUAAAAUACUUGCAGGAAAUUUCCCAUUGUGGGAGUAUGUAAUUGGGACAUAAAUUCUAACUAAUCAGUAAAUACAUUGAUUAAUGAAUUCCAGUUUAUAAAUAAUUACUGAGGAUCCAUUAUUUUCAAGACCCUGGCCUAGAUUCUUCUAAGGAUACAAAGAUGAGUUGCAAGAGACAUGGUCCCUUGCCUAUGGAAAAAAUCAUGUAAAAGAAAAAUUAAUGAAUUCGUUCUUUAUGUCAUAAUAUAAUGUAUGGUCACAGGAUUUGUUUUCCAGAUA